AUGGAUUCCUUUUAUCCUUCAAGCUCGAGCGCGUCUGCGUCUCUGUUUUUGCCUUCAGAGCUCUCGUCAUCUGGAUUUUCCUCAACUGAAUCUGAGUCUCAGCACCCGCUUACAAAACUCGCGAAGCAGGUCAAGCUCCAACAACAAUUUACGAGCGAGGAGAACCUGUUAAACGAACUGAAUCGCCGGCACAGAGAGCUACUUAAAGACGAAACCCGCGAACAAUACCUCUGCUUUUCCUCUGUCCCACUACCGCAAGCCUCUGCCUUAAGCCAUGAACAAAGUCAAGUGAGCAAGUUUUGCAGAUUCUCUUUUGAUAUUAAAACAGGGACUUUGGUGGCUAAAGUGAUGCCCGGUCGCAUACAUGAGAUUGCAAUUCGCACAUUCGAACGCUUGUUUCUACAGGAGAUGGAUGCGAUAAAUAUGGGCAAAGAAAUUGAGCCAUCUGGGUCCGUGAUCGUUAACUUCGAUAACUGGACAAAUGAAGCCGAUUCCUGUUUUAGCCCGACAACUCCGGAUACAGAUCCGCCUUUGACAUUUAUUGUUGAGGUGGGCUUAGCAGAGUCAGUGGGACACCUAACUCUCGACGCACGAGGAUGGCUGGAGAGCGAAUCUUCGACUGUUCAGCUUGCGCUUACUAUCAGUAUUCCACGGGAUAAAGCAGAGGUUGUGUUUCAACAAUGGGAAAGAGACACCCGAGGCCUUAAUACUCGCACUCGAUCACACUUCUCUGCGGCACGCAUCAUUACAUCCGUGAAGCUAUCCCGAGCCAACAAUGAGACAUCAGUGACGGGUGAGAGUUACGUGAAUGAAGCAAGCUUUCCAACAACCCAACUUGCGCUUCCACUCGAAAAAAUCCUCAACCGAACUUCCGUUAACUCCCAGCGAAGAGACUUAGUUAUCUCCGAGGAAAAACUUAGAUGCUUCGCUGAAACGAUUUGGAAACGUCAAUCCCUUAUGUGA